UCAACAGCGCAGGUGGUGCGGGCCAUGGCGGCGCGCCGCGCUCCGCCGGGCGGGACUGGUCCUGAAUCUUCCUCUGAGACCCUAGAUUGCCAGACACGUAUCAACAGUCUGAAAUACAUCCUGUCCAAGAAACAGAAGACUCCGCUUUCUGUUAGAGGCCAUUGGUCCACAAGGGCAUCAUUUGCCUCCAGAGAGACAGUCCUCAAGAACCACAAACCCUGCUGCGCCCCAGAGGAGAGACUCUGCAGCAAUAAACAGGCCCUUGUCACCAUUCCAAAGCCACGAUACUUGGAGCAACUGGAGUCCUACUUAAGGAAAGAGCUGCAGUCUCUUGAUCUGGCUAAAAAGAGCUCCCAGGAACUGAAGUUACAGCCCUAUAGAGAGAUCUUUGAAUUCUUCAUAGAUGACUUCAAGACCUACAAGCCCUUGCUGUCAGCUAUAAAGAAUGAAUAUGAAGUUACCUUGGCUCAUCAGAAGAAGACAAUUCGUGCCCUAGAGCCCCUGAAGGCUAUGGUCACAACUGUCUCUGAGGAGUGCUCCCAGCAGAUACUGGCACUGCAGGCAAAGGAGAAAGAUGAAAUAAAUAUGUUGAAGCAAGAGAAACAACAUUUGUUAAAGUUCAUUGACAACAUAAAGGAAGAAAAAAGCCUCUGUUUCCUGCAGGUGGAGCAUCUGCGAACAAGCGUAGCUGAGGAGUAUACUUGCUAUCUCAACGAGCACGUUGCCCGCAAACUGCUUCUAGCAAAAGUGAAUGAUCUGUGUAACGAACAGCUGGACAAGGCACGUCACCAAGUCCAAGACGUCAAGGGUGAAGAUGUGGUGAAGUUAACUCUGGCAUUAAAGAUAGCUCGUCAGGACCUCACAAAAGCCCAGCUGAAGAUGGAUGCAAUGAUAGCAGAUUAUGGAGAUGUUGUGCCCAGAAGAGAUUUUGACUCACUAGAAAAAAAAUACUCUGGUUUACUUCAGGAGAUGAAGACUCUGCAGAAGGAUUUCGAUCGGCUCCGUAGGGAACAUGAAACACUGCUGGACGUUCACAGAGAGACUGCCGAAGAGUGAGACAACUUCUGCGCUGAACUCCAGCGCGUUCGGCACAACUGCACGCCCCGGCCCAACUGGGCAAAGUGUUCAGAGGUGAUUCCUGGUGGAGCUGACCGGUGGGGCUGUCUGGCUGCAGGGAAAACUAGUGAUCAGCUAGUGGAUGUGCUUCUGGAAGAAAUAGGAACAGGACUGCUAAAGGAGAUAAAUGUCUUCCCCGGGCGGGGCAAAGGUACCAACGUUCCUGUGUACCUGAGGCAUGAAGGUGAAGUCAAGAACAAAAAGCUGACUAAGAAGAAUGUGGUGAACAUCCUAAAGGAUGUCUGGAAGGAGAAAAUUGCACUAGAACAGCAGGUUUGGAAGCGAUUCAGUCUUCCUGAGUUCUUUCUCGGCUACCUCCAGAAGAAGUACAGAGACGCUGCUUCCCAGUGGUCUUACACCCUCUACGAGAACAUGCGACUCUGUCGAUCGAGCCACAUCCUGAGCUCCUUCUACACCAUACUCAGGGGGAAGGUGAGUGAAGAACAGUACCAUCGCCAGAAUCAGCUGAUUUCCAACCUGCAAAAGGAGCUGGCUGCCUGCGACAGCUCAAACAGCGGAUCCCUGACCACCAAGCAGUUCAGCAUGGCUCUGAGGGAAGCUUUUCCCCUGAAAAGGAAAGAGUCAACCCAAGAGCUAGUUGAUGCAAGCAGGUACAAGCUGGCCAGCACUAAAGACCUCAUCGACUACGUAUCCUUAUUCGAAGAAGAUGAGGAGGGGAACGCUGAACCUUUUGUUGCAAAGCUCAGGAGCCAGUACAUCAGGGAGCAGGAGGAGUAUCUGAGAGAGCUGAAGAACAAGCUGGGAGAUUUAAUAGAGGUGAAGGCGGAUGAUCCGAAAACCGCUUUCGGCGUGAGGGAUCCUGCUAUCGAUGGUCAGACGCUGGGUACCGGUAUCGACCUGGCUUACCACGCUGGAAGAGAACAGCCAGACCAAGAGCCUGUGGAAACCGCGCUCCAGAGACUGCUUGCUGGAGAUGUGAGACGAGUAGGGCCCCCACCCAGGGAGGGAGGGACAACAGGCUUUGAAGGAGAAUAA